ACGCAAUUCACAGUUUACACAACCGACGAAGCGCUUCAAAACCCUAAAUCCCAAUCGUCAGCCAGGAGGAAGAUCGGAUUUUCUGUAAUUUUCUUCCUCGAUCCUUAAUUAUGGCUUCGUUUCCUGCUGUUUGAUGGCUGGAAAGGCAGUGAAAUCUGUUGUAAAGACAGUGGGAGAGUACCAAUAUCCAUGGCGACAGAAAUUGACAAAAUACAAGGAUGAACUAUCAAAGGGUGUCUGGGGUUACUGGGAGCUUGGCGCUUGGAAACCUCUUGGUAUCAGUGCACGUCGUCGUGCUCGGCUUCGUAAGGAAGUCCUCAAUGCCGGAGCAGAUUGGCCAUAUGAUCCUGAAAGGAAGGAGAUGAGAAAUGUUAGGAAAGGGCAUAAGGUUGACAGAAUAGCUGCAGAAAAACGACAACGUACUGCCGAACUUAUGGAAUCUAUGCCUCAAAUGCUGGCAGAUUUUAGAAAGAGGAGGUGGGAGAGAAAGAUGAAAGGAGAAGAAGAUGCUGCCAAAAAAUCACUUCAAGAGUAACAAUUUUCCGUAAUUUCAAAUGGCAAUUCCUUUUUCCUAAUCUUCUCCAAGUAUCAGUCUUGAAGCCUUACUUCCUUUUUGCUAAUAGUAAAUGAAUCAUAAUUGAAGCAUCUAGUUUCAUGAGCUUUGUGUUUGCUGAUUAUUAUCAUUAGAUAUUGUCUAUCACAGUGCUCCAUUGUCUGCUAUCAUGAGACAUUUUAUCAAUGAAGAUAUUGUGGGUGUGGAAUC